AUACGAGUGGUAUCACGUUGUUGAAGACUCUCCUUCGCGAUUUGCGCUGAACUGGUGAUAUGGCUAGAUCGCGAGUGAACAUAUCUGAUACAGAUGCUUUGAAAACUUGUUUUGGGGGGCACAUCAAUGGAAGGGUGCAGCUCUAUCAGCAGAAUGGUCAUUCAACAUACCUUCCCGCCCUAUCGCGUACAAUGAUUGUAUCACUUGUCGAGCUGGUGUACAUAGUGAGAGCAGGCGGGGGGUAUGACAGUACUCAAACUCGGUCUCCAUUCUCCAUCCCCCCUGGCACCCUGCCCUUGAAGGCCUUGAUGGAUCAUGGACCUAGGUCUACACACUCGAGGGCUCGAGGGACGGUUAUGGACGUGAUGUUGAAGGAUGUAUGAACUGCGGCCCAGGCCAUUUGCUCUACCUGGGGUCAAACAUCUACUUUGCACCCAUGUAUACUGUCGUCCGUCGCGCCUGUCUCAGACGCAUCUGUGCCCUGCUCUUUCUAGAAAAUACGUGCUGUUUCUAAAAGGGGAAAUAUAGAAGACAAACAAAAUAUGGCCGGUCGCAGAGGAAAAAAACAGAAACAACCGUGCCUCUUUUGCUCUCGGAGAGAGUGUCUCCGGUACUGCGUCCUACGCUACCAUACGCUACGGCGGCGAAAACGCACCCGAGCAGCGCAAUAGCCCCAUUAGCCAGAAAAAAUCUUCCUCACGACUCCCAGGCGGUAUGGCUCGGAUGCAUGGGGGGA